AUGUCUAUCUAUGAAAAAUUCGGCCAUCAAUUCGAUGCAGCCUACCAGAUAAAAUCUGUUCGGCGAGUUGAUGCUUUCAUAGAUGACACAAAGCUGCUCUUGAAAUUAAUCAACGAAUCUUCUAAGCCUACUACUCAUCUUCAAAUAUUGACAUUUUCCAAAGUGGCGCAGAGAAUAUUGCAAUGGAGGGUGGGAGACCUUUCCGCUUUAAUGUUUCUUUUGUGGCAUGUUGUUGCUGAAGUAUCAAAGAGUGUACCGAUUUCUUACCCUCAAGCCAGAUUUCCUCAUGGAGCAGGAAAAAAUUUGCCAACCCUAUUGAAUCUAAUUGCUGAACUAUCUCUGGAAUCAUACUAUAGCUUCAUGAGGGCCUCACCCAUUGAAUCUUCUGUUCUAGCCCGAAAUUUAUGGCCAUUGGUAGCAUCAAAUUUGACAAAUACCAAAACCAUUAGAAAGUUUGCAGAAUUCCUUGCAAAUGGAGCAGUGAAUGAUUCAAUUUAUGUCGUCAAUAAGUCCUUGCAAUAUUUGACGGCCAAGGACCAAUGCAUGAAAACAAUAAUUGUGUUUCUUUCAACGAAGACUGGGCGCUCUAGUGAAAGUGUUUGGAAUGAAAGUAAGAGAGAUGUUCUCAAUUUUUACAAGCAACUCAUGAACCGAGGUACAAUCAGUAAUGAAACUCUAGCGCCUUUCUGUUUCGGUGAAAUCCCAGAAGGAAGAGAAUUUACACAUUUUUCUUGCAUGGCUAUCAGACGUUGGCGCCCGCCUGGAGAGUCUUAUUUGGCUCUUUACAACACAAUGAGACAAGAAUACUCCUCUAUGAUUCACUUGGAAUUCGUGAAUUACAACUCAACUGAUUAUGUUAGCCCAGAAAGCGAAUUUGGGUAUUUUCUUGACCGUAUUAUCAUGGACUUUCAAGUCAAUAGCUACCAAUUGAAUAGAAGCUGCCUUGAAUUACUAGUUUCCAUGGUUCAACAUCACUUGAAGACUGGAUCUAAGCCUCUGGUUCACAUCAUUAAACAACUUCAAGAGAUGUCCGAAAAUUUAGAGAUCCCAUUAUACCGUCAAAGCAAAGGCCCAGACCAAUUCAAACUAUUCUUACGCUUUCAAGCUCUUGGCGAGUGUUUAACACAGUCAAUCCUAGCACACAGUGUUUUAUCCGAUGAGCAUAAUAGUUAUGAUUCAAAACAAAUGACAAAGAGCAAAUGGUAUAAACAAAUGACCACUAAAAAUUUCUUGUUGAGAUUGGGACGAAAACAGACAGAGUCGUAG